AUGUCGUUAUACCCCUUUGAUUGGAAGAGGAGGCAAUCAGAAAUUUUGAUAGCACAAGUGAUACACGUGAAGAAUUGUGAGAGUAAGAACGAGAACGAGAAAGAGAAAGCAAGGGAGACCGGCCGUGCCCUUCACGGCCGAUCGCCCCUUGCCACACCCCCGAUUGCUGCUGUCGCAGCCCCGCCUCCUUACGACCAAACUCACGGCCAUGAGGCUGCACCUGUGCCCAUGCCUGCGCCCGCGUUUCUGCCGCGGUGCCUGGCCCGCCGCUGCUCCUGCCGACGCCGCCACUGCUGCUGUUUCUUUGUCAACGAGUUCUCAAAGCUUAAUCCAAUUACUUAUGUGCCCGCGUUGGCUGAUGGGGACUUUGUACUGACAGACUCAUUUACUAUCCUAAUGUAUCUAGAAGAGAGAUAUCGUCAACACCACCCGCUCUUGCCCAGUGAUUUGAAGAAAAGGGCAAUCAACAAUCAGGCUGCAAAUAUUGUUUCUUCAAGCAUACAACCACUUCAAAAUCUCUAUGUUUUGAAAUUUCUUGAGGAGAAAGUUGGUCCCAGUGAGCCGCUUGCUUGGGUUCAAUUUCACAUUGGAAGAGGCUUUUCAGCACUUGAGAAGGUAUUAGCGGACCAUGCUGGAAAAUAUGCCGCGGGAGAAGAAGUUUGUCUGGUUUGAUUUCUGGCUCUAUCUCUUUGCUGAAAGCUUCCAUCUUUUAUUCCAUCUUGUUUGUUUUCUAUUCUCUGUCAUGGUCAAAUUUUCAUAGCUGUUCACAGAUCCAUUAUGCCUGUUCCUACUCUCUCUUUCUAGUGCACCAUUAGGUUGAUGUUAGGCAAAUUGACACAUCAUGAAGCACAUGUGACUCCGCACGUUUGUGACAGAAUCACGAACUGACUGUUGGAACAAGAAAGCCCCAUACUGUAUCACUACUAAUGUUAACUUUAGUAAGCUCGUUUUGAGAAAAGACACUUUUAUGAGCUUCUCUGUCUUCUGACCACAACAUAGUUUGGUGCUCAGAUCUUGAGGAUUAGCUGUUUAUGCUGCAAAUUGUCUGAACUCAAAAGUUCUUCCGGUCCUUAAAGGAAUAUGGGUCAAACAUCUAGAAAGAGAAUCAGUAUAAUUAAUGAAAGAUAGAUAGUAUGCUAUGCUAAUGUCUGUUUAACUCCUAUGGAGAGCCAGGAUCCCCAGUCUGUAGACUAAAAAGCUUGCCAUCGUGUUUUAUUUGUUAUCGUUGGACGUGAUCGAAUAAGUAAUGUGUAGGCCGAUGUUUUCCUUGCACCCAAGAUUUAUGCGGCAGUCAAGAGGUUCAAUAUUGACAUGGUAAUUCUCUUGCCUAAGCAUGCAUAGUUCAUAUCAUAUGGAGUUCGGAAUUAAAUUUCUUUUUAAGUUACUCUUCUACAACAAACUUUAAAUCAAGAGUGGCACUCGGGAUUCGUAAUGGUGCAGGACCAUUAUCUGUAAUUUCACAUUUGCUGGAUAACAGAAGGUGCCCAUAAACUGCACAUGGAUUAAAUAAAUCAUUCCGAACACCAUUUAUACAUGA